GUUACGCACCACCAGCGAAAUUAUAAACAUUAGACGGCCACAUUAUGGCCAAGAUUGCAGAACUGCAGUGGGUUGCGCUCUAGAAUGGCACUAAGUGCUGCCAUUUUGCAGGCAACAGCUCUGGGAUCCAAUUAAAAGGGGUUCAAAGGAAGGCAUUGUGGGUCACUAAGCGCAUUCCAUGUGUUCAGAAUUCCCGACUCAAAUCGUUUGUUCUUUCCGAAACUUGUUUUCCGUCUUCGAGUGCGGACAUUCCCCGGAUUAAGUAUCGCCAGAGAAAUUCGUUGGCAGCCAAGUCAAAACAAGAAAUCCAAUUUCCAAACAGCUGCUUCAAAACAAGAAGCUCGUCUAAAAAUCGCGAUGCUGGCUUUCUUUCAUCCCGGUUUCGGCGAGUAUAAAUAGCUGCGACCGCAGCUAUUUCAAUUAGAUUACCAUCCAACCUCCAGAAUACCAAACCAAAGCACCAGAAUGUCGAGAAUCCUUGUCGCCGCCUUCGCCUUCGUUGCCAUCUGCCUGAUCCUUGUCAGCGCCGCCCCCGCUCCCGCCCCGCCCACUCAGAUCCUGGACGCCCGGACGGCCAUCGAGAAGAUAAUCGCCGCAUACAACCGGAUUCCGGGUCCCUCAGUGGUUCACCCCUGGGAGGUGGCCACCUUGGUUGACCCCAACACCUUUGUGGCCCACUUCUGAAGUCCCGGCAACAGCAACUCUACUUGACUACCUUAACUAACUAAAUGCCCAAAUAA